AUGAAAUAUUUUCGAUUCAUUUUACAUCUCUUUAUUACUUUUAUUACUUUAAUCACAAAAUCAUAUUCUCAAUUCAGUACUUCAAGUCUUUCUUCACAAUGUUCUUCGGCAGUUCAAACUUUUUUCGACUCGUCAGAAUUUAACGCAUGUUUCCCCUACAAUAAAUUAAGUAGUCAAAUUAAUAAUGUUACAAGUUUUCAAAGUUUUGUAGCAAGUGAAAAGCAAUUAAUAAGUGUUGAAGAUUCG